GUCCUGGGCAAGCAGCUCGUCCUCUCACGCAAGAUAUAUUCAGAAGAUGGCUGACCCUUGGCAGGAAUGCAUGGAUUAUGCAGUAACUCUAGCAAGACAAGCCGGAGAGGUGGUUCGUGACGCCCUGAAAAAUGAAAUGAACAUUAUGAUUAAAAGUUCUCCAGCUGAUUUGGUAACUGCAACUGACCAAAAAAUUGAAAAAAUGCUUUUCUCUGCCAUAAAGGGAAAGUAUCCAUCUCACAGUUUCAUUGGUGAGGAAUCUGUAGCAGCUGGGGAAAAAAGUAUCUUAACUGACAACCCCACAUGGAUCAUUGACCCUAUUGAUGGAACAACUAACUUUGUACAUAGAUUUCCUUUUGUAGCUGUUUCUAUUGGCUUUGUUGUAAAUAAACAGAUGGAAUUUGGAGUUGUAUACAGUUGUGUGGAGGAUAAAAUGUACACGGGCAGGAAAGGAAAAGGUGCCUUUUGUAAUGGUCAGAAACUACAGGUCUCACAGCAAGAAGAUAUUACCAAAUCCCUUUUGGUGACAGAGUUGGGCUCUUCCAGAACACCAGAGACCGUAAGGAUUAUCCUUUCUAAUAUGGAAAAGCUUCUUUGCAUUCCUAUUCAUGGGAUCCGGGGUGUUGGAACAGCAGCUGUUAACAUGUGCCUUGUGGCAACUGGAGGAGCAGAUGCAUAUUACGAAAUGGGAAUUCACUGCUGGGAUAUGGCAGGAGCUGGCAUUAUUGUUACUGAAGCUGGUGGUGUGCUGAUGGAUGUAACAGGUGGACCAUUUGAUUUGAUGUCACGAAGAAUAAUUGCUGCAAGUAGUAGAACGUUAGCUGAAAGGAUAGCCAAAGAAAUUCAGAUAGUACCUUUUCAGAGAGAUGAUGAAGAUUAAUUGCAACAUCUUCCCAUGUAUUCAGUCACAGUUACUUUUCCCCGAAUUUGCUGAUGCAUUGAUAAUGUUAGAAAAUGUAGGACAUUUGUUUCAGAUGUAUAAUAAAUGUUUAAAUUGUUUUCGAUGUCCAUUUUAAAAAAUUGGAACUUGUUCCAUAUUGUACUAAGUAUUCAGGAAAAGAUGAGAUAUUUGUUUCAUUGUUUUAAAAAGUUUUGUGUGUAAGAAUAUACUUUGGGGAAAAUGCCAAGGUGGUGGAGGUCACGAGAUGGAUAACACAUCAACUGAAGAAGCCAGUAAGCAAUUUUGAGUUAUUAAGCAUGUAUGCUUUUCCUGAAAUAUUCACUUACUAUUUAUAUACAUAGUACUCUCAAUUAGAAAGUCAACUUUUUGGGAAAAAAGUGUUCUCUUUAGUCCUCAAAGCCAUGUUUAAUUAAAUUUGUAAGGGUAUAAUGAGAACUUCCUAGUCCAAGGUUUCUCUCUUUGCAGUGAACCUCAUUUGUGCUGUUCAUGAUUAUACAUGUAGCUCCUAGCACAGUGCCUGUCCAACAGUAGGCUCUUCAAAAAUAAGCAUUAAAAGAAUGAAUAUUUUGAAGGCAGCGAUUCCUAGUUAUAACAGGUACAUAAAGUAAUGAGCUCACCAUUCUGUAUUUUUGCUUCAGAUUUUAAAGCAAAAAAUUACGUAGUUAUCCUUUUUUUUAACAUUUCACAUACCAUUCCUUUUGACAUUUCACAUUACCAUACCAUUUCAAGUUACCACUCCAGAUAUCAUUUCUUAUGGGCAUUUAAUGAACAUUUAAUGGGCAUUUCUACCAUUAAUAUAUUGUCCAAAGCACUGCAUUUCAGUAUGUUUUUGGAUUCAUUUUCAAGUGCUUGUAUAAGAGAGAAGAAAGGAUUUUAUAAAAAUGCCCGAUAUAGUAGAUCAUUUUACUAAAUUCAAAAUUCAUGUUUUAAGAUGUUUAGACCAAUUUGGUUGUGAAUAGGAAACCUAGAACCUGGCAAAUAAACUGUUUUGUUAAUAUUAAAGUUUUAGUUUCUUCCCAGACUCCUUUUAACUUUGUUUCUACUGGAUUUCAUUCAGCCUUUCAAUAUUCCUUAAAAGUCUUCGGCUCAACCAAGUUCAAAAAGAAAAUUGUACUGGUUGAUAUUAAAAAUAUUAAUUUAUCGUUUAGCCUUGUCUCAACAUGAGAACAGACUAUUAAGAAGUUUUGUUACAGGCUCCUCUGAGACUUGUACUGAUAACAUAAAAUGUGCUUCCCUAAAGUUUUCAAAGUGGGGUUAUUUUAUUGUCAGGUACAUCUAAUACGUUAAAUAUAUGAUACUAAGAUUGAGAUCAUUUGUACAGUUGAAUGUAUGCACUUAAAAUAUCGCAUACAGGUUCUUUUUACAAUUUACUCUAAGAGUAUCAUGAAUAAAAUUUUAAAUAAACGUAAUAGAUACAUUAUUAAAAGUUUACAGUUUACUUCUAGGGAUUUUGUGUUCGAUUUUAAAUCUUUGAAACUUGGAGUUGUGAUUGAAUAUAGGUUCUUUAUUUUUUACCUAUAGUUUCUAAAACUUUUCUGAAGACUUUUCCCUCAUUAGGUAACUUUUUCAUCUUUUUAUUCUAAAUACAGUUUGGUAUUUUGUGGCUGAAAGUUUUUUAGACAUUUGAAGAAGGAUGAUAAGUGGAUUAUUCAACAGUAACUUGGAAAUGUUUUCUGAGUAACAGGACUUCUUAGGCUUAACGUUUAUAAUAUACAGGAAGGGUAUACCAUCUUCCUGUGUUUGUACACACACACGCCCAUCCAUACUUACAUAAGAUAUACACAUUUGAACACCUGUCCCACCCCCCCUUUUUUAAAAAAAUAAAAAUGAGCUUAUUAUAUACUUAA